AUGGCCAACUCCGGAAACACACGGAUUUAUCACUUGAAGGCCUUCCGAGAGUUAAGAAUAGUGACCCUGGAAAAGUAUACCAAAUGUGAGGAGGAGGAUGAUGAAGAAUGCGUUAAAGUGCGUUUAUUGCCGAGCGGCAGUGGUGUAGGACACAAAAGCGAGCACAACAGCAGUGGCAGUGUCUCAAGCACGGCGGAAAUAUUUGGAAGAGAGUUAAUCAUUGAUAAGGAAUACAAAUUUGGGUGUAACCAAAAAUUUGCCAUCUAUACAUUCACAGGAUGCACAAUUCAAAUAAAAGGUCGAACGUUGCAGGAGUAUGAAAGUGGCAACAACACAAUGAAGGAGUACUUAUCCCUAUCGUAUACUCUGGAUGCCUACAGGAAGCUAGCCAAAAAAAAAAAAAAAAUUGGACCCAGAGUUCUCAUUACAGGAAAUAACAACUCAGGAAAAAGUUCCGUUUCAUUAAUACUCCUCAAUUAUGCAUUAAAGUCAGGAUUCAAACCAAUUUUUAUUGAAGCAGAUACAAAGUGUACUUGUGACAAGGUUGAAUUGAACAGGGGACCUGGGAUUAUAAGUUCCUUUGUUUAUGACCCAAUGAACCGGAUGAAGUGUGCACUAGACUAUUACUUUGGCUACCUCGACCUCAAUGAAGACAUAAAUUUGUACUACCACUUGAAUGAGUGCAUAAGCAGCUGCGUUCACUUGAUGCUGCUGAACAAUUUGAAUUACGUCUCGUCUAGUGCCAAAACGGAUGGAGAACAGGAGGGCAUUUACGCCGCGGGUUUCAUUUUAAACGUUCCCUCGGAAGCCGACCACCAUGUCAUUAACAACUUGAUUGAAAUAUACGGCAUAAAUAUCGUCAUUGUGAUUGAUAAUGCUUUUUUGCAUUACUCACUGAAGGACCAGUACGGGGAUGAGGCUAGUCGACGCGGCACGGACCGGGGGCGGGUCCUGUCCCGGGAGGGCGGUGCAGAUUUUGACCGAGACUAUCGCCGCCAUUAUGAGCGCGAUUAUGACCGCGAUUCGCGGGGAGACUCUCUCGCCGAAGCGCACCGUACGCCAAGCGCUGUGUCCGGCAUGCCCGCUACGGAAGAAGCGGGAGACGACAACAAACACACGGAGGAUCCAGUCAGGCGAGUAGAAAUUGUAGGCAUGCCCAAGUACGAGGGAGUGAUCCCAUCAGAUAAUAACCGAGUAAGGUAUUGUAAAAAUAUGUGGUACUACCAAUAUUUUACUAAAGAUAUUAUUGUUACGAAGAACCUGUACAGGAAGAGCCACGUCAUUUCCUUCAAGUAUAGCUUAACCAACUUCAUUAAAUUAGACACCAAUUUGGCUGUGCCUUUGUCGGCGCUACCAGCAGAUGCAAGAGACAUUCAAAGGGAAAACGUUACGGUCAGUUUGUAUAAUGGAAAUAUAAGUAACCUGACUCACUGCAUUUUGGGAGUGUCCUACUCGAAGGACCUUCAUUAUGUACAUCUCAUGAAUAUAGCUGCGUUUGUGCAUGUACAGAGUGUGCGUAUGAUCGAGGCGGAGGUGGGGGAGGAUAGGGACAGGUGCGAAAAGGGCGCUGAGGAGGCGCAGGGAAAUGUGGACACGCAAAAUGACUACUUGAUAGAAAUUUUGUGCCCCCUGUCCGUCACCACGAAGAAUCUGCCUCCGUACUUUGUCGUCCCAGGCAACGCCAAGCAGAUGAAGUUUUAG